GACUUUUUUUCUCCCACGCACCGCCGGAACCGGAAGGCCAUCCUGGAAUGGGUCUCUGCUUACGCAGAGUCCCUAACGAGAAAGAAGCGGGAUGGAAGCGGGAGAGGAAGACCCUCUGAAGCCGUCCUGCCCAGGUGUUGACUCCAUGAAUAAUGUAGACCAAGGGGAAUCAGAUAAACCUCCAACAACAGAGAGGCUGGCAAGUUGUCUUCUGAACAAAACUGAGACGGAAAAGCUGCUCUGCUCUACAGAAGAGACAAUGGAAAUUCCAGGUUCCACAGACUGCUGUCCAAAGAGCAAUGAGGAUCUGGAUGGGUCUCUUCCGGUGUCUUGUGUGAAUGAAUAUAAAUCAGUUAUGCCAGGCUUUGGGACAACUAGCAGCCCUCCAGUUUAUCACUGGGGCGAAGAAAGGUUGGAAGGCCCUGAUCUGCAUAAUUGUCACUUGAGCAAGAAUAGAGCAUCUCAAACAUCACAUUUCUGGGGAGAAUAUUUGGAGAAUCCAGGUUCAAACCUUCCCACUGGCCAGUGCAUGCCCACCAAUGGAUCACUUGUGUUAAGGACUGGGAAUAACAUGAAUGGGACCAAUGAACCACCUCAGCUGGGAAAUGGGAAGCCACAUCUCGUACCUGCCCAAGAUGGCAUUCCCAUUGGGGAGGAGGCUUCCAGUGCCAAACAUUCCCACUACAAUAGUGGAAAACUAGGGUCCCUGGGUAGCAAAUCAUUGGAAGACGAGGACCCUGCUCUCCUAGCCAUGUUCCAUACUGUGGCCAACAGCCACCUGGCUGUCCGGAGCCAACAAAAAGAUGAGCCGGAUUUCACGCUGGCACAGAAGCUGGCCAUAUUGCAGGAUCUGUACCAUGCCAAACCCCUGUUUUUCCUGGAGCGCUUCCGAACUGCCCUGCAUGCAGAACACUUGCCUUGCUUCCUCCAUCUCUCUGGCAGCUAUGAGGCAGAUUUCUACUGUGCUGAAGUGCGCAGGGCUAGCCUGGGCAAAACACGGCGCACCCGCAUGCGGAACAAGCGCUACGCAGCUCUGCAGCAGCUCAUUAAAGGUGGGGAAUACUUUAGUGAUGAACAGAUGCGUAGCCGGGAUCCGCUCCUUUACGAACAGUACAUCGGACAGUACUUGAGUGACGAAGAGUUGCAGGUGCUGGGCAGCUGCAAGCUGGAGACAGCCUGCUCCCUCUCGGGUGUCCUCAUGGACUCCUAUCAGGAGCAGGUCAUCCAGCAGCGGCUGCUGGUUCAGCAGGAACAGGAAGAGGCAUGUGAGGAGGAGGAAGAGGAAGAAGACACUGAUGAUGAGGACAAGGAAGACAAGGCCUCUGCCCCUGACAAGGAUGAGUGGGUCCCUGACCAAGAUGAGAAAAUAUUACUGCGAGAGGAGUUUACCAGCCGUAUGUACCAGCGUUUCCUUGAUGGAAAGGAUCAGGACUUUGACUACAGUGAGGUAGAUGAGAACCCAGAUUUUGACAACCUGGACAUCGUAUCACGGGAUGAAGAAGAGCGGUACUUUGAUAGAGAAGAUCCGGAAGAUGCUGAUGCUAUGGAAGCAGAGUAGAUGGGUCUGAGAACUUGACUCCAAGAAAUAGGGAUUUCUAUGGGGAGAACAAGACCCUCAUUUUGGACUCUUUUGGCUAUACCUGGAGAAGAAACUUGCAUUUUUAUAAGUUGCAUUCCUCACACAUUCCCUGUUUUAACAUGGAAAACUGACUGUAAAUAGGCUUCCAGCUACAUCUGGUUUGGUAUUUUUCAUCAAUUGGAUUUUUUUGCAGUCAAUGUGAUUCUGUAUAUUUUUGCAGUCAAUGGGAUUUCUGUACAUUUGGGAUGUAUAUGUGCAGACAUGCUUCUAUUGCCCAUCAAAGUUGUCAUAGGGUUGUUGUUUGUUUUCCGGGCUGUAUGGUCAUGUUCCAGAAGUCUCUCCUGACGUUUCGCCCACAUCUAUGGCAGGCAUCCUCAGAGGUUGUGAGGUAUGUGGAGAAACUAAGUAAGAAAGGUUUAUAUAUCUGUGGAAGGUCCAGGGUGGGGGAAGAACUCUUGUCUGUUGGAGGCCAGUAUGAAUGUUGUAAUUAAUCACCUUGAUUAGCAUUAAAUGGCCUUCCAAGCUUCA